AUGGCAGCAGGGAAGACUAAGCAGGAGACCAGGUCUGCAAUGGAAUUAGACUCUCAGCAUAUGAACAGAAGUGAGGAGGCUAUUAGUGCAUUAUCAUGGUUACCAUACCCAUCCACUGUCGUAUCUAUGACAUCAAGGAAUGAGAUGACCACAAUCAGCAAUUGCAGCAUCCCUUGCAUGCAUGUUUACAAUGGAAUGAGUAUGAGUCCCCAGUCUCAUCACAACAACAUCACCACAAAAUGGAUCAUCAGCCUUACUCAGGAUGGCAUUUUCCUGGAGAUGGCAGUGUCAUUUGAAGAACAUGCAGUAAUGCCAAACACAGCAUUUGCAGCAUGUCUGACAAACUCAGCCAGCUACAAUAUAUCUUCUCUCAUGGCUCCCUCCCAUACCACCUGUUUGGCUUCAACCCAUCAAAAUGCUGAAUGGAAUCAUGCCAUUUUCCAUCAAUGCCCACACUGUAACAGGAAAUUUCAGAAAACCAGUUUCAAGCAGCAUGAGCACAGGCAGACUCAAUCUAAUGGUUUCUGGCUUCAAUUAUCAACUCAGCUGCCCACCAUCAAGCUGCAAGAGCAUCAGUACUCAAAUUGCAGCCUCGAGCGCCCGAAGCUCACUGUAUGGAUACAGGAUAUUUUUCUGUUGAUGAACCCACAACAGGUCAAUGCCCUGCUGGAUCUCUUUGCUCAUGUCACACAGGGAGCCAUCCAAGUCAUGCUCAAGAAUGAUGCCAAACUUUGCAAAUUCUCCAGGGUCAAAGUUAAGGUACCAUACAAAAAGGAAGAAUGCACAAUGGCAUUGAGUAUGAAUGUUUUUAUGAUGAGCCCUGGACCAGAGAUCAUUGGUGGGAUGUUCAAACUAAGAACAUUUCAGGUCCCCAAAGAUGCUGAAGAAGAGGGAAAGCUAGGCUACACAACCCUCAAGCAUGUCAUUUGGCACAAAUCUUUUAAAAAGUUACUGGAGAUUGAGCAGUACUCAAAGACUGGACUGGCAGUACUAACUCAAUGGCACUCACUCAUGGUUGCAGUGGCAAACACCCUUGCCCUCUUUGACAGACUGCAUUAUGGGCAUGGUUUUUGGGGCAAGCAUGUCUUUGGGGACCUAAAGGUGAUUGUAAAGGCACUUGGGCAACAGAUCAAAGCCAAUGUCAAGAAGUAUGUUGCAAUUUUUCCUCACUGGCAAAACCUCACACACUUCAACCAAGUUAUUCACAUCACUUUUUCAGAUGGUAUCAAGCUGGCCAAUAUCUCCAAGAAAAUCUUCUAUGCAGUGAUCAAUGUUUUGAAGAAGAGUAUAACCCCUGAAGGCCUUGUUGGCUCAGAUGUCCAGACCAAACAUAUGAUUAACAUGAUCAACAACAAGAUAUUGACAUUUGUCCAGACACUGAAGGACUACAUCAAAUGCAUCAUGAAGUCCAACAUUGAAGGUCUGCAAACUGACUGGAGUUUCCUGAAAGUCCACCUUUGGAAGCAUGUCAAUGGUGCUGCAUGCAACUAUAGCACUUGGCCCAAUGAAAGUAUGCAUAAGCUAAUCCAAGAUGAAUAUGAACACUGUUUGAAUGGUAGAGAUAUUCCUGCUCAGGUCUUGUGGGUAGAUCAUCAAGCUCUUGCUACAAAGCUUCUCAGAUUGCAUGUUGAUUACCUCAAGGAAUCUGUCUCUGGGGAAUCAGAUCCAGAAGCUGAUGCAGUCAGUGAGAAUACCUCACUUGAUCAUAUUAAGCUUGGUGCACAUGCCAUCACAACCCAAAUCCUGAAAGACUUGGAGGAAAAUGGUCAGCCAGAUAUGGUGUUCCAUCAGUUCCAUCAAAGGUUCUUCAAGUCAUGGAUCUCCCUCCCCACUGACUUCACAGUUAAAGAAUACUGUUAUCUGCUGGUCAACUACAAGUCAACUGUCACCUGGAACCAGUGCACAGAUCAUCUCUGCUGCAACCCAUCAUUUUUUGACAUAGGAAACAUGGAAUUUAUCUUGGCACAACCCUUCACAACAAGGAUCAGACUGGCUCACACUAUUGAUUGCAAUCUCAGGCUCAAACAUGUCAAGACAGUUCCAUGGGCUGCAUCCAUCUUCAUACCAUUGCGCUCAAUCAUCUGA